GUUUCAAAUGUACUAAUGUCAUGGGUUUAUCCUGAACAUCACUUUGACUUUGAAGUGAGAAACAGGGACACAAGUAAACUCUGCUGCAGAUAUGCAAAAUUUUCCAAAGGUUUGUGUUCCUUUCUAUAAAUGACAUUGUCCUAAGGUCAACAGCUAGUUUUUUUGUAACUUAUCUUUACUUAUCGUUUGCAGGGGAACCUAUGUGUGUGCAUUGCCUUAUCAGUGGGCAGUGGUAAAAUACCAGCCCACCCGUAUAAAAGAGGAUGCAUGCAUGUCUGUAGGCACUCAGGUUUUGGAGUCUACUGUUGAUAGCUGAGCCGUGACAAUGAAGUGGGCCUUUGUUGUGUGUGCCAUGGUGGCACUGUCUGAGUGCCUCAUCCAGGUCCCUCUGGAGAAGGGGAAGAGUGCCAGAGAACUCCUGGAGGAGCAGGGGCUAUGGGAGGAGUACAGGCACAAGUACCCAUACAACCCCAUGGCUAAGUUUGACCAGCGCUUUGUCGUGGCCAAUGAACCCAUGACCAACGAUGCUGAUCUGUCUUACUAUGGAGUCAUCUCUAUUGGAACUCCUCCUCAGUCGUUCAGGGUCAUUUUUGACACUGGCUCUUCCAACCUGUGGGUGCCCUCCAUCUACUGCAGCAGCACAGCGUGCAUGAACCAUGACAGGUAUAACCCUGGCAAGAGCAGCACCUACAAAUACAAUGGUAGUCCUCUCGAUAUCCGCUACGGCACUGGCAGCAUGACUGGCUUUCUUGCUUAUGACACUGUGACGGUGGGUGGGCUCCCUGUGACAAACCAGAUCUUUGGCUGUAGCACAACUGAGGCUGCCUUCAUGCAGUACAUGCGUGCUGAUGGUAUCCUGGGCCUGGCCUACCCACGGCUGUCUGCCUCUGGGGCUACACCCGUCUUUGACAACAUGAUGAAAGAAGGCCUGAUUAACCAGGACCUCUUCUCUGCUUUCCUCCAUAGUAACUCUCAGCAAGGCAGUGUGGUGACCUUUGGUGGCAUCAACCCCAACCACUACUAUGGUCCUAUUACCUGGAUUCCCCUUUCCAAUGAGCUGUACUGGCAGAUCACAGUGGACAGUGUCACUGUCAAUGGUCAGGUUGUGGCUUGCAAUGGAGGUUGCCAGGCUAUUGUGGACACUGGCACUUCUCUAAUUGUUGGACCUCAGAGCAGCAUCAGCAACAUCAACAGCCGGCUGGGAGCUAGUUCCCAGAACGGAGACUAUGUUGUCAACUGUAACAACAUUGGCCAAAUGCCCAAUUUGGUUUUCCAUAUUCAUGGACAGCAAUUCACCCUCCCAGCCUCUGCCUACGUUAGUCAGUCUCAGUACUACGGCUGCCGUACUGGCUUUGGAAACGUUUGCCGUACUGGCUUCGGAAACGGAGGUGACAGUCUGUGGAUCCUGGGUGAUGUCUUCAUCAGACAGUACUAUUCCAUUUUCAACAGAGCCCAGAAUAUGGUGGGUCUGGCCAAGGCUAGAUAAGCAACCUGAAGUCACUCUGUGUGAGAGCCUCACAACAAUCAUAUAAAAACUCCAGUAGUAUGAUUUUCCAGCUUGUAUAGUUUUCAGUUUUUCUGUGUUCUUGUAGUGA